CAGCACUUAUAAUGCCAUGAGAGUCUCAGUGAAGGUUUGAUUUAAUUAAUUUGCUAUGGCUGUUCUUUAGCGGUUUUACAGGUGUGGGUGAAUUUUGAAGUGGUCUAUUGUCCAGCCUAACUGCAUGUUUGAUCCCGAUGAAAGAUUUGAGCCAUGGCACCUGGAUCCAAAGGCAGAGACGGAACUCGAAAGAAAAGUAAGAAUCAGAUGGACUGGAGCACAUGCUGGAGCAACAGUCUGAAAGAAGUGGCAGGCCUCCUGCCCAUAUCUGAAACUAAGAAUGGUAGACGACUCACAAAGAAGGAGACUCUGGUCCACAUGCUGCGCUAUUUUGACUUCCUUCAGAGUAAAAUACAGACCUUGCAGAGGUGCUUGCCCCCUGAAAGCAUCCCCAAGCAGGAACCUGACACAGGAUCUGAGAGUGAAGAGAACACCCCCUCUGAGCCCUGUACACCCUCUCAUAUUCUAAAGGCUAAGCGCAAGUAUGUCUGCAACCGUUCCCAUAAGAGACUACCUGCCUCCAGCUCAGAGGUGAAAGCAGAGCUUCAGGGGAAAAGAAGAAGAUUGUGCACUGCAGAUGUCAGUAGACAGAAAGCUGACCCAAAGGAGGAGGAUGUGCCUGUCCCUAUGUGGGGUGUGCAUUUUGAUUGGUCAGAGUGCCAUUCCAGUGAUAGUUAUGGGGAUUGGCAUGUGCGUGAAAGUGACUCCCAACCAAGCUCCCUGGAUUCGGGCUUCAGCUUCAAUCAGUUGCUUCCCCUGAGCACCCCUUUGGAGGGGUGCAGUGGGACUCUGAGGACUCCAUCCACUCUUCAGGGAGGCCACUGCUCUGCCUGUGAGGACGGCAGUGAAAGCAGCCCAAGGAGCGGUGUCCUCCAUACCCCAACUACUCCAGUUACUGGGCCAGGGUCACUUUUCCUGAAGGAUCACAUGGUUGGGGUCAUCCCGUCCACAGGAGGCCGAUGGAAACCCUUCCUGAGCCCUGCUGCUACACCAAAACGGCCCAUCUUUCUGCCGUUUGGAACUGAGGACAGUCUGAACUUGGGCGAGAGUCUGAACCUUAGUCCGUCUCUCCUCACAUCACCUGGCCGGGGCCUCAGCCAGUGCCUGCUACCUGAGGGACCGGAGGAGCUCCAUGUGCUGUUUGAGGAUGUUUGGGUCACCCCUAAAAUGACCCAGGCCAAAGUGUCCCACCUAUCCUACCAUGACCCCACUGACACGCUGUCAGAUGGAGAAGCUGUGGUGAGGCAUAGCGGUGGAGGGUGGUUGUCCUCCCACAGUGAGGGGGAGGAGGAGGACGUCACCUGGACCCCCAAGCAACAACAAGUCUCUCUGAAGUCCAAGACCAGUGGGACAAGACGCCACCGCAGAACCAACGCCUCCACCAGGGGGCACCCUCUCCUCCCUCCCAACCUGAAGAAGAAGUGUAUUAACGGCUUCAUCAUGUUCUGCCGCAUCAACAGGAAGACCUACCUACGCACCCACCCAGGCACGCCAUCCACCGUGGUCACCAAGGAGCUGGCCAGCCUGUGGCACGACAUGCCCAAGCAGGAGAGGCGUGUGUACUGUCUGAAGGCUCGUCGCUUCAGCCGUCAGCAGAACCGUAACGUGAAGCCUCAGCCGGCGGAGGGGGAGGAAGAGGACUUUGUGCCCAGUCCACUCCACAUGCUGCUGGCGCAGAGAGACCUGAGGGCUUCAGCCAGAGGAGACUCCUAGAGCAGUUCCCUUCACACACACUGGCCCUUCGCCAACCAUAUGCAUGGGAUGGAUAUUGAUAUAGAUGUCCAUAUUAAAAUCAACAACUUCUCUUUUUAAGUCACUUACUGUACUAGUUAAUUAUGGAGUUGUUUAGAGAUUUAUCUGAAAUGCAGACACACUUUGUGUGUGUGUCUGGCACGUCACAUUUUAACUGUUACUGUUUACUGCUUCAAGUUGUUUCUAGACAAUGUUCAGACUUGGUUUUACAGAUAUCAUUGAGGAGCCUUUUAGACAGGGUUUAUUGACAGAAGUCUUUCUGUGGGUUAUAAUGCCAAGGCAUUGUUUUGCUAUUCAUGUCAACCUGACGUUGAAUUCACCAGUCUAUUUAUGAUCAUAAUGCAAAGGACCAAAUAAAUGACAGUAUGUGGCUGACAGCUUUAUUUAUUACCUAUUUAUACUCAGAAUAUAUUCAUAUGUGGGGAAUGUUAAUGUGUCUGUGUGAAGUCCUUCUGUACAGGACAGAUGAGAACCAAAGUCUUACCGUUUGGAGUUAUUCACACUGGUUGGUUGAUGUUUUUAUGCGGUGUGAAAAUGUUUUGAUGUUUCGUGAAUAAAAGUUAUUACUACUUAGUAGUGGGUUAUUUGAGACACAUCAAAUAGUUUGUUUA